GGGGGCUCUCUAUGGGGCUGAGGUCUCUCUGGGGGGCUCUCUAUGGGGCUGAGGUCCCUCUAUGGGGCUGAGGUCCCUCUAUGGGGUGCCAUGACCCCCUGCCCCACAGAAACGGUCCGUACGGCCACCCCAUUCCCCAUGGUCAGCCUGUUCCUGGUCUUCACCGCCUUCGUCAUCAGCAACGUGGGGCACAUCCGCCCCCAGCGCACCCUGCUGGCCUUCGUGUCCGGCAUCUUCUUCAUCCUCUCGGGUCUGUCCCUUGUUGUGGGCCUGGUGCUGUACAUCUCCAGCAUCAAUGACGAGGUGAUGUUGAACCGUCCGGGUGGGUCGGAGCAAUAUUUCCAGUAUCGUUACGGAUGGUCCUUCGCCUUUGCUGCCUCCUCCUUCCUCCUCAAAGAGGGUGCCGGUGUGAUGUCUGUGUACCUAUUCACAAAGCGUUAUGCAGAGGAGGAGCGUUUCCGCAGCCCUUCGGUGCUGCUCGUCCCGUCUCAGUGCGUGUUCGGGCUGUCCGGGCAGUUCCUACAACCCCGAGCCUGGCCCCGACCCCGCAGCCCCUCCUAAGUAAACGCGUCCUCCGACGUCUCCAUUCAGAUGAGCAGAGCUUACCCUGCCGCCAUUCAGUACCCCGGCCAGGGGCAGGGUCACUUGACGUCGCCCCGUGACUGA